AUGUAAAAUAUUUAAGUAUAUUUGUAAAACUUAUUAAAAGUUAUUCCUGCUUAAGGACCAAAUAUAUUCUAAGGUAAUGAUUGUAGUGAUAUAGUUGUUGAUAAAAAAUACAGAACUGAUGGUGAAAAUAAUUCUGAUAUACAUAUUUGGGUUGCUUAAAGUUCAAAAAUAUAAGGUUUAGCUAAUGCUAUUUAUUGCUAGUUAGAUGAUACUUUGAAAAGAGUUAAUUAUGGCAGAAUUAAGGUGAAUACGAGUUUUCUAGAUAAAUAAUAAUCUAAUUUUGGAUUUAAAUAAGAUUUUAAUAAUAUCUUGCAUGAAUGCUUUCAUAUUUUAGGAUUUUCAAGUGGCUUAUAUUAAUUUUGGAUAAAUCCUUAAACCGGAGAUUAUUAUAAUGAUUAAAUAGAUAAUUUUAUAAGAAAAGUAUCUAUAAUGGGUAAAGAAACUUUUAUUAUGUCUACACCUUAUGUACUUGCUACUGCUAAAAAAUAUUAUACAUGUCCUACUUUAGAAGGAAUGUAAUUAGAGAGCAAUGGAGAUGUUAAUUUUAUUGGUUCUCAUUGGAAAGAAUUAAUCCUCUUUAAUGAAUUGAUGGCUGCAUAGUCUUCUGGAAAAGACUCUCAAUUGUCUGUUUUUACUAUUGCUUUAUUGAGAGAUACUGGUUAUUAUGCCGAAGUAAAUGAAAGUAUGGCUGAGGAUUUUUAAUGGGGAAGAAAUAGAGGAUGUGAUUUUGUUCUUAAAGCUUGUUAAUCUGAUACUUAAUAUCCAGAAUUUACUUAAAAGAAUUAUUCUCCUGAUUAAUGCUCUUCGAAAAAUAAUGGUUAUGGAAAAGUUAAAUAAAUUGAUUUAUAGGAUAAUUGUAAUACAGUAUAAAAUUCAGUUUAUUGUGAAAAUUCAGAUAUGAAUAAUCAUUCCAAUAGUUAUUUUUUUUAAAAUUUUGGUGUUAAUUCUAAAUGCUUAAAAUCUACUGCUAUUUUAGGAUAAAAUAAUUAUUAAUAUAGUAAUGCUCGUUGUCAUAUUGUCUAAUGUUCUCCAGAUUUUAAUUAAAUUACGAUAUCUUUCUUAAAUUAAUAAUAUAAAUUAUUACUCUGUACAAAAUAAGAUUAAGGAAAAGAAAUUGAAAUCGUGGAAGGAUAACCAGAACUUGGUUACGUUACUUGUCCUGAUAAUUAUAGAGAAUUUUGUAAUUAUACACCUGAAUGUCCUAAUUAUUGCUCUCGAAAAGGUAUUUGCAUACUUGGAUAAUGUCGAUGCUAAUCAGGGUGGUCAGGAGCUGAUUGUAAUAUUAGUUUAAAAGAUUGCCCUUAUUAUACUUUAGAAGAAGAUCCAAAAUAAUGUGUUUAAUAAUGUCCUGCUGGUAAAUUUCCAAAUCCUGAUAAAGUAUGUAGAAGUAACUGUCCUAAAGGUCUUUACUUUAGUAAUUAUAGAAAAAAUUGUUUGGAAUGUAAUUAUUAGUGUUUAUCAUGUUCUGGUCCUUCAAACAAUUAAUGUUUAGAAUGCGAUUUUUUAAAAUAUUUAGAAGAAGGAUAAUGUGUAAAUUAAUGUAGCAAUAAUUUUAUAUUAGUAAAUUAAAGAAAAUGUGUAAAAUCAGUAGAUUAAGGAUGUGAAUAAGAAUGUGAAAAAUGUGAUUCUAAAAAUAAAGUAAUAUGCACUAAAUGUAAAGACUAGUACUUCCUUAACUUAAACACUGGUAAAUGUGUUGCUGCUAGUGAUUGUCCUUAAGGAACAUUUGCUAAUGAGGAAAACAACACAUGUUAAAUAUGUGAACUUACAGGAUGUAUAUAAUGUUAAUCUUAAACUGUAUGUUAAGUGUGUGAUGAAUAAUUAGCAUUUUUUAAAAAAGGCGAUUUAUGUGCUAAAUGUCCUUAAGGAUGUUAAAAAUGCUCAAGUGAUUUAUAGUCUUGUACUUAUUGUUAUAGUGGAUUAUUUUUAUUCGAAGGAUAAUGUGUUAAAGAUUGUCCUAUAAAUAAAUUUUAGGAUUAAAAAAAAAGAGAGUGUAUUCCAAUUUCUAUAUGUUGUUUAAUGUGUUGGACUAAAUCUAAAUGUAUUUAAUGUGAUAGUUAACACGAUUUGGUUCAUAUAUAUAAUACAAUUUAUAAUUGUUAAAAAAAAUCAUAACAUAUAAAUUAAUGUAAUCCACCUUGUUUGACUUGUUUACCUAAUAAUUUAAAUAAAUGCUUAUCAUGUAUAUCUUAAUUUUUAUUAUCUAAUUUAUGUUAUGUUAAUUGUCCUGACACUUAUUAUCAUGAUUAUUCGAAAUAAGCCUGUACAAAAUGUAAAGAUGGAUGUUUACGUUGUUCUUCUUCAUCAGAUUGUCAUUAAUGUGAUUUUAAAAAUGGAUAUAAAAUUUAAAAUGAAAAUUGCAUUAAAUAAGUAGACAAUGCUAAAGAUAAUGAAGACAGUACUAAAGAUAACAGUAGUAGUAGUAUUAGUAGUAUAAAUAAUAUAGGUAACUAUUUAAAUAAAGAAAAAGAUAUUACAAAUAAUGAAGGCAUUACUUCAAAUAAUGAAAAUAGUUCUAAAAAAAAUGGAGCUAGUAGUACUUAUUAUAAUUAAGCAUUAUUUUUAAUUAUUGCUUUUUUAUUGCUAUGA